CAGCACAGGACAGUCGCCUAGUUUAUCUAUCAUAACAAAACGAAGGCAUUGGAAUAUCGGACGUACAAACAUGCUGUUGUUUUUUCUGUUUCCACUUCUUCAAGGAAUAGCUGGAUUUGUCUUGGAUGGUAACGGGCCAUCGGCGGCGUUCUUUGAGCCGCUUAUGGUAGGGGAGCUGGAGGAGAGUGGAUGGCGAAUGAUAUUUCGUGCCACUUCCGGUAACGGUGCGGACGUACACCAGGCGUGGACGAACGGUCUUAAAACAACGACCGUAAAACCCGUAUCGAUGAAGCGCUCGUACGACCAGCAUUUCAGGGACCAAGCCGUCAAUAACUGGCAGACGUUGAACGUCAGAUUGGUCAAGAUCGCGCUGUACAAGCAGUCAAAGGAAGUAGCAUACAUCGUUUUCAACGCCAUAGGCUCCGAUCUGACGUCAUGGUUUGACAGAGUUCGGGUUGAAGAUUCCAGCUGGUCUGACGUCACGGCAACAAACACGUACAAUUUCUUCUCGAUUCAAGGUCACGACAACGGCCUUGACCUUGAGCGGACCUUCUUCAUUAACCAAGAGUACGGGGGCUGUGACGCCGACCUUGGGAACUUGGUCGUGGUAGAACAUGACGGUGGUUGCAACUGGGACCACCAACCCCGCUACCCGCAGUUCCUCUACUCGGACAUGAAUAGCGCCGACUUCUGGAACAGGCGUCAGUUUGGGAGGGCCGAUUAUCUCGCCAUCUUUAUAUACAGCGGUCAAUAAAUGUUAUCGCAAG